AGGAGACCUCAAGGACCUGAAGGUGAUCAGCAGCAACGUGGGCGUGGACGACUGCGGCCUGGGCGUCCUCCUGGCCACCAAGCAGGUGCGGCGCGUGGUGUGCUCGUACCUGGGCGAGAACGCGCUGUGCGAGCAGCAGUACCUGGCGGGCGAGCUGGAACUGGAGAUGACGCCGCAGGGCACCCUGGCGGAGCGCAUCCGCGCGGGCGGUGCGGGCGUGCCCGCCUUCUACACGCCCACCGGCUACGGCACGCUAGUGCAGGAGGGGGGCGCGCCCAUCAGCUACUCGCCCGAGGGCCACCUGCGCACCCUGAGCCAGCCGCGAGAGGUGCGCGAGUUCCGGGGACGCCUCUACCUGCUGGAGCACGCCAUC